AUGCUGGAGCCUGCCCUUCAGGUCAUUAGGCUUGUAGCUCAGGGGGCCCAGAGCAACUGGUUUGGAAUAGGCUGUCCCUCCCACUGUCGUGGGGCCGACUUAGGCCUUCUCCUUGCCUCUUUCCUUCUUGGAUUUCUGGUGGCCACCGUUGCCUGGAUUUCCCUUCUGGCUUUCCUAGCCUACCGUCCUUCUGUGCCGACUCAGGUCACUUCCGAGGCUCCUCCUGAGCCUCCCCUUGAAUCCAUUGCAGGGCCUCGUGCCCCCGGCUCCUCAGGAGUCUCUGCUGCAAAAGCCGACCGUCCUCGCCUGAUUGUGGGCUCUGUUGCCCCUUCUCCAGCCGGAGAACUUGGCCCUCCGACCCUUGUGUCUCGACUGGAGACUGUGGUCUCUGAGCCUCCUAGCCACAUCCUCGACCUUGGUCAAGAGCCCUGCGUGCUCACUUCUUUUGCUGCCUUCCGGGCCCAUCUGGGCCGGCUGGAGGGUCACCAUGAGCGAGACCCUGCCUUUUGUAUGUGCCGCUCGGUGGAAAUAGUCGAGCUGUCUUGGCCCAUGCUGCAAGACCUGGAGAUAGACCAGGCUCCCGAGGCUUGCUUGGCUUACGCGGUUAUGCGCCGGCCCGGGGGCUUCCUUCUGUGCGUGCCGAGUGGCUUCUUCAGAGCCUCCGACCUGCUUGCCGGACAAUCAGCCAACGAGGACAGUGCUCUGAUGGGGCCUUCCAUCGAAUAUCUUGUGACCCCGGUGGUGCUGACAGAAGCGGGCGACUGGGCCCGAGCCGACGAUCCGGCCCCCGUGCCUUGCGUGGUUGUCGACCUAGCCUUUCGGGCUGCAGACGCCGUGACUCAGGCCGACCUUGCCGACACCGGUGCCAGGCCCUUCUUGGCGGACCGAAUAAGAAGCGGCUAUCAGACGGCUGUGUCCGAAGCACCGGCUCGGGCUGCAAAAUUGGGGGCUCGGCCCAAGAAGACCACCGUGGCCCAGCUGGCAGCUCAACAAGAGUCUUUUGCAAAGGCCCUAGCAGGCAUCUCAGAACAGCUGGCCCUUCUUGCGAAGCCUCCCGCUGUGGAGCAAGGAGCCGUCGAUGGUGGGCCAGCCGCUCCUUUGCCUCGGGCGGCCGCGCCUCCGACUUCAGCCUUGCUGUCGGCCCCAGUGUCAGGAAAGGCCCCCCAGCAAGGCUUCCCGGCAAAGGCCCUGAGCUCUCUGUUAGGCCCUCCUCCUCGUGCAAAGGCUGCCCCGACUCCUGUGAUACAUCAGCUGGAGGAAGACGAUCCCCUCCACUUGGAAACUGGCGGCGCGCAGGAAGCGGGUGGAACAAACACCCCCGUUGCGGAAGCCAUGCUGCUUCAGAGCCGAGCGCUGGCUCAACUCGUAUCUCAGCUCGCUCAGAACGCCGACCCCCUUGCGGACCUUGGAACCCCUGCCUCUACCCUUUCAACAAGGGGCACCAACAGCAGGCAGAGGAUGCAGAGCGAGCUUGCGCUCCGGGAAGGACACUUUGCGACCAGGAUGCGAGUGGCCGCCCUCAGGCAUAUGGCCCCCACUGCCUUGGAGCCAGCCCUGCACCAGGAGGGCCUGAUGACUCGUUACCUCGAGAGGUUCGGAGGCUACCAAGGCCAGCAGCUGGUUGGGUUGCUGCAGUGGCAGCUAGCCCAAAUUUCAGCGGAUCUGGCUGCCCAGGCCAUGAUAAUGCUGGAGCAAGUAGCGGUCGACCGGGGCCGCCACGAGCUUGGGUGGCUCUUCACUCUUCAACCAGAUCCGCCUGUGAGCUUGUUCGCCACCCACCACGCUACUCCGACAGCAGCCUUAAGACCUUUCGCCCCCCUCGCCGAUGCAAAGCUGGUCUCCUGCACCAUAGCCUUCAUGAAAGAGUUGGACAACUUGUCGGCGAAGCGCUUGGAACUGAGCGGUGCAAAGGGAAAGCCGCCCCCUGCCCCGCCUCCCACCGACGACGGUGGUACUCCCGAGCCUCCGCUUUCAAAGAAGCAGCAGAGGGCUCGUGCCUGGGCAGCGGCGAAGAAAGGGGGGGAGCCACGACAUCAUGCACCACCAGCCAGGGAGACACCCGUCCCUUUUGAAGACGAUGCACUCUCCUGUGCCCACGGCUCUGCACCACGAUCGGGCUCUGCUUUGUCAGUCGCCCCGACACCUCGGCCGAAAGAGGAAGCUGGGCGAUGUACCGCCUCCUCUGCCGCGCCUGGUUUUUCUGACAAGAUUGACUUUUGGGCCUGGGCCGCAGCUUUGCCUCGGCUGCUUUUGGCCACCAAGACCGCCUUUGCUCGGUUCUUUGCAGGCACCAUGCACCUCCGCAGGGAAGAUCAUUCCCCCUCUGCCGCUCUUUUUCCUCUACCUCUGCCCCGACCGGGGGCGUUUGGCAGAGAAGACUCUGGGCAUGCUAAGGUUAGUCGCCAGGUCUUGCUUGAUCGAGUUCUCCAUAUGUGCGUUAUGGCCUUGAACUUCAUGCACUCCAACCUGCGACCUAUCCCUGCACAUGUCCUGCAGAAGCCUCCCUCCCCUUGCCAAUCCAAUGUGUUUGUGCGCUUGGAGCUUCUGAUAAGAGCGUGUUCCCGAGCCACCGACUCCCUCGACUGCGUUCCUGUAUGCGCCGGCCGGCGCGGAGCGCACUUGGUCGCGAGGCUCAGCGAGCUUUCUGCCCACAUUGCGCGACUUGGCCUGCAGGGCUCACCUUAUCCCAAGCUCGGCCAUGUCGGCCACCGUGACGACGGGCCUCCUUCUCUCCGGCCCUACCGAGACAGCGAUGCAAGCCGCAUCCUUAUCAAGGGUACAGGCUCUUGGGACCUUAGCCGGCACCUCCUCUUCGAUCCCGAACUUUUCUUGCCUUUUCGGGAUCCUCUUGUGCUAACGGGCAUUCCCGAGAACGACCUUCCCUACCCUGAUGCCGCGGCCACCGCCAAGGAGACCAUUUUGCCCCUUGUACGCUUGUGGGAUCACAAAGGGUUAGCUGCCGCGUUUUACUUCUGUUCUGGUCAGCAGAAGUGUUCCCUGCUUGCUGGGCUUCACGACAGGUCCCGCUUUUAUGCUGCCUUCGGGACCCUGUUCCAAGGGGACCACGGAGGGGUCGAGUACGCGACCUCAGCCCACCAGGCGUUGCUUCGCGAGCAUGGGCUCCUGCAUCCCGGCUCCCGCCUCCUUGGGCAACACGCCGUGCCGCGCACCCCGUGCUACGAGGCUUUAGUCAUUGAUGAUUAUUUUAGCCUCUCCGUCGAGUGCCUCGAUGACUUUGCCGAGUGUCCUUCCGAGGCCCUUCCACAGAAACUUCUCCAGGCCGAGUCGACGCAGAGGGUCCUUACGGCCCAAGCCGCAUAUGCUUCCGAAAAUGUGCAAGGCCCUGCAAAGGACCUGCUUGGAGCCCUCACCUACCAGGUUGCCGGCGCCUACGUUGACUCCUCCGUGCAAUCUGUUCGUGAGGGGCAGAUCCUUGUUGGAGCGCCGCCAGGCAAACGCCUCGCCCUCGCCUUCCUGUCUCUAAAAGCCUCCGCGCUGCCGGGCAUUUCUAAGGAACUUGCCGCUGCCUUCUCUGGCUCCUGGACCUCUGCUCUGCUCUUCCGGAAGCCCCUUGCAGCCUGCCUUGGUUCCUUCUUUAAACUCGGCCUUGGCCACGUUUCUGGCCACUCUGGGUCCGACGUCGUCCCACUCUCUAGGGGCCAAGCUCAGGAGCUUGUGCUCCUUGCGGUCCUUUCUCCCAUCGCUGUGUCCAAUGUUGCCCUGCCUCAUUCCAAAAGGAUCUUUUGCACUGACGCCUCACUGCAGAAAGGGGCUGUUGUCAGCGCUCGCGUCUCGCGGCCGGUUGCUGAGGCUCUGUGGGCCCAUGCCAGCCGACGGGGCCAGUACACUCUGCUGUCCGGGACUACUUCGUUGGACCCUACCGACACCUGCCCGAGCACCGCUCCUUCCCGGGGCCUUACUGGCCGAGGUCCCGCGACUGAAAGCACCCUCGAGUCUCCUGUUGGGACCUGCCUUGCCGACCCCCGUACCCGGCCUCUUGGUCUUGAUUUCGACUGGUCCUUGACCUUCUUCUUCAUCUUAUCGCAAACGGCCGCCUUCGCUCACUCCUCUGCUGUGUCCCUCCUGGGGCUUUCCCCUGGAUCUCCCACCGGAUCGAAGGAACGCCGCGCUCUCCGUGCCCUUGUCCUGCUCAGGACCUGUGCUUCCUACGGUGUGCCCUGCAUCCUGGUUCACCAGCGUAAGUCCGGGAUAUGCAGGCACCCAUCCUUCCUUCGAUGCCUCGAGCUGCAGACUGCAACCUCUGCGAGCUAUCGUGGUUGUGUUUUUGGCGGGCCCGGGACCUCAGACCUUGGCUGGGUUGCUGUUUGGACUCCCACCCCCGGCCUUGAUCGCAAGUGCACCUGCAAGUUCCACGAAAAAGGGGAUGAUCGUUCUGUGUUCCCUUCUUUCUCUUCCGAAGGUGCUCGGGCUAUUGUUUCCUGUCUCUGGGCCGGAGCUCAACUUGUCGAGCCUCCCGAGGAGCCCGCCUGUGGGUUUGAAAGUGCCUUAGUUAACGAUGUCCUCUUGACUUCCAGGUGGCGGGCCGAUAGGACCUGGCGGUGGCGGCAGCGGCGGCACAUCAACGUGCUUGAGUCUGAAGCCGCUCUUCAGCUUUACAAGUACCUCGUUGUCCUCGGAGGCGACCUGCGUUUUAGCCUCCUCACCGAUUCCAGUGUUGUCCUCGGCUCCCACAGAAAGGGCCGGUCCACUGCGUUUCUCCUCGCGCCAUCGCUGCGCCGGGCUUCUGCGAUCCUUCUCGCCGGGGGCUUGUAUCCCUCCUUGCAGUUCGCCCCCACCAGGUUGAACCCGGCUGACGACCCGACACGUGACAAGCAUUGCCGCGAAGCGUGCGGGGUCCCUCUGCAUGAGACGGUUGACCCCUGGUCUCUUGCUAGCUUCAGCCACCUGUCGAGAGCCCGCGCCAAUUGGGUCAGGCUGUUCCUUCUGGUUGGCUCUCCUCGGCCGUCCUCUCCUGCAUCACGCCUGCGGGCUCUCUGGAACUUUCCUCGAGACUCCCGCUUUCACUGCAGGUGUUUCUCUGCUCAGGGCCGCCGCCUUCUCGACUUUGACUCCACCCUCGGCUUCCCAGGCGAAGGCCCGGGCCUCCUCUGGAUUUUCCUCACCUUAUGGAUUUAUGGAGGCCCUUGCUCUGUGUUCGGCGUCCUCGCUCCCAGAAACGCCGCCGACCUUCUGCGCCAACGCGGUCGUGCUCCUGGCCUCCUUCCCUCUGGUCGACCGGUUCAACCUAGGACUAAGGCUAAUAGGGGCCCCCUGACCGCAGCCUUUUCGCAAUGGCUCUCUGCUACCCUGGAACAGCUGCUGCAGAGGAGGCCUUUUGACCACGAAGUUUUCUGCGAGUACCUUGUUGCCUUCGGCAAUGACCUCUACGCUUCUGGAGGACCUUAUUGGCAUUUCGCUGAAACUAUCAAUUCUUUGACCUCCCUAAAACCUUCACUCCGACGUCAAGUUCAGGGAGCCUGGGACCUCGCCUACACGUGGCUGGCAGAGGAACCGUCUGUGCACCAUACUGCUAUGCCGGCUCAGGUCCUUGUCGCUGUCCUUAGCACUUGCCUUUUGUGGGGUUGGAUCAAGGAGGCCGGGAUCUUCGCGCUCUGCUGGGGAGCGCUUCUUCGUGCUGGCGAAGCUGUAAAGGCUACAAGGAGGGAUGUCGUCUUCCCCUCCGACGCCCUCUGGGGUCAAACCUAUGUCCUUAUUAAGAUCCAGGAGCCGAAGACUCGUGGCCGUGCUGCCCGUCAUCAAAGCGCCAAGCUGGAACCCUACGACCUCAUUGAGGUCUGCCGACUCGCCUUUGAAGCCCUACCAAAAGGCGCGAAGCUUUGGCCGAUGACUCCGCAGACUCUGCGCCGCCGCCUUUACGAUGUCUUGACGCGGCUUGGGAUGCCAAGGUCUGGUGGGAGCGAGCGCCCUCUAGACCUUGGGUCCCUUAGACCUGGUGGUGCUACUUAUUUGCUCCAACAAACUGAGGACUCCGAGCUUGUCAGAAGACGAGGCCGCUGGAUAUCUCACCGUGUCAUGGAGAUCUACCUGCAGGAGGUCAGUGCGUCUACUUUUCUGGCAGACUUGGCGCCGACCGCUCGCGAGCUCGUUCUUGCGGCGUCCUCGGCUUUCCCCGACCUUUUGCGAAAGGCACGCGAUUGGACGAGAGCAGGUAUUCCUCCUGCCGUAUGGUUUUCCCUUUGGCCUCAUCUCUGA